AUGUCGGGGUCAGACUACUCAGGCUCCGAAUUCAGCGGCUCCGAUGACGAGUAUGUAGGGCCAAGAGGCGGUGGUUCCAGUGCGGCUGCUGCCAGAAAGAUUGUAAAUGCGACGCUGCAGCAAGCGAAGAAAUCUGAGCGGAAGGCGCAAGCUUGGGAGCGGAGGAAAGGCGAGUCGUCAGAAGAGGAGGAAUACAUACCUACAUUUGAGGAGAUAGAAGACAACGAUGUACCGGAGCAGAGCAUACAGCAGAUGGAAGAGGAGCGCAAGCGCAAGAGGUUACGGAAAGACACGAAGCCUUUUCAGCGCGGUAUAAUACGGCACGUCGUCCUCGUCCUCGACCUAUCGGAAGCUAUGUUGGAGAAGGACAUGCGGCCAACUCGAUUUCACGCCAUGAUACAAUACGCGCAAGAAUACGUUCGCGAGUUCUUUGAGCAGAAUCCCAUAUCGCAAAUGAGCGUCCUUGGAAUGCACGAUGGGCUCUGCAUCAGAGUGUCGGAGUUGUCGGGGAAUCCGGCGGAACACAUUGCUGCCAUACUAGGACUGCGGACACCUCUGAACCCUCAAGAUUUCUCCAAGGAACCGAAGGGUUCUCCUAGCUUGCAGAACGCACUAGAGCUGGCGAGGGCGACUUUAUAUCACACUCCGAGCCAUGGAACACGAGAGGUCAUCAUUGUGUUUGGAUCGUUAUUAUCUUUAGAUCCGGGAGAUGUCCACCAGACUAUCAGAGCUUGCGUACGCGACCGCGUCCGGGUCAGCGUUAUAGGCAUGAGUGCCCGCCUAAAGAUUUGCGCAGAGAUCGUCAACAAAACAAACGCAGGUGACGAAAGCGAGUACGUCGUAGCCACGGAUCAAGAGCUCCUUCGCGAGCUUCUACUAGCGACUACCACGCCCCCAGUGGUUCGCGCGACCAAAAGCGCAGAAGAGAUCGCACCUCCAGAGUCUGCGGCUGCACUCAUGAUGAUGGGCUUCCCGUCGAGAGUCAUUGAAGAGACUCCUACCAUGUGCGCGUGCCACGGCGCAUUGACAACGGGCGGCUACACCUGCUCGCGCUGCAGCGCCAAAGUCUGCAGUCUGCCCAUCACCUGUCCUAGCUGCCAACUCACGCUCCUUCUUUCGACGCAUCUUGCGCGAAGCUACCACCACUUGUUUCCUCUUCGGAACUGGGCCGAAGUAAGCUGGCAUCGGGCACGGGAAAAGGGGACCAAGUCUUGUAUGAGCUGCCUCACACCGUUCCCGGAAGUACCACCCGAUGGAAUCAGCGGCGAGCAGCAGACCAACGGCCAUGGUGCGAACGGGAGAAUUCAUGGGAAGGUUGCCCAGAAGCAGUCCAACGAUGAUGAGGAGCAGAAAGCGAGCGAGAGCUCGCGGUAUGAGUGCCGAGUGUGCGAGAGCCACUUUUGCAUCGACUGCGACAUGUUCUGUCACAUGGUGCUGCACAAUUGCCCGGGCUGCUUGAGUAAACUUGAUACCCCCGCGGAGGAAACCAAUGGAAUUGGCGAUAUGGAGAUGACAGGUUAG